GGCCCUAAAACGAAAUGGGCCCUAAAGCUAACGCGGGUCGGUGUUUGAUUAAAACAAAUGACGGGGCCUCCACGCCUUGUUCCUUCUUCUUCUUCUUCUCACGCUCACGGUUCUCUUUCUCUUCUCUGUCUUUUUCAGCUUCUGAAGUUACUUGUUUCAGUUCCCGAUGAUCAAUUCUUAGUUUUUUUGGCUUGUUUUCUUCGUCUCUCUUUCAUCAGGCCUUUGGAGUUUUGUGUUACCAUUUUCGCUCGCGUCAUUACUGGUGUUAGGGUUUUCUUCAAAAGCUUCUUAAUCCGUCGAAAUUGCUCUUUUCUCUCCCUCAUUGUCGGUUACUUUCUUUGACCCUUCUCUUAUGCUUCGUAAGCUGUGAUUUUUUUCUCUGGUUUCAUUGCAACUCUAGUUCAAUUUCAGUUUGAUUUCUUCGCUUAAAUAUUUUGUUCUAUGAGAUCUGAGAGUUGUCUUUAUUGUUGGCUUAUUUCAAUCAAAACAUUGGCUGGUUAACUUUGAUUGACUCAUGAUUGAUUCUAUCUAGCAUUAAUUGGUUUUCUUUGUAUUUGGUUACUGUUACUUGUUCUUCUACUUCUCCACGAUUCUACUUCUCCACGAUACUGUCUCUGUCCCUUGUUCGUAUCGCUAACUUAUUCCCAUAGUGGGCACGUCUCUGGUUUCUGACUUUUCUCUUCAAUUCCAUGUAUUGCGUUUUACCAUGAUGUUUAGUUUCGGAAUCAUUUCUUGCUUUCUCUAUCUGCUUGUAAGAAUAGUUAACAAGUGAGAGGAAAGUCCUUUUUGUUGCUUAAAUAGUUUGAUUUCUGUUGUUGAGUUUAUGCGAUAUCCCAACUGGUGAAACUGUGUUUAUUGGUUCAGACAGAGAUAAAUGGCUUCAAAGAUUAUUGCUGGCAAGCCGGAUGAUACCGAGUAUGAAAUCAUUGAAGGUGAGUCUGAGAGCGCUUUAGCAGCGGGGACAAGCCCUUGGAUGAAUUCAUCAACGUUGAAGCUUCGACAUCGAAUUGGAAGAGGUCCCUUCGGUGAUGUUUGGCUGGCUACUCAUCAUCAGUCAACUGAGGACUAUGAUGAGCAUCAUGAAGUGGCCAUCAAAAUGCUUUAUCCCAUCAAGGAAGAUCAAAGAAGGGUUGUGGUAGAUAAGUUUGAAGAUCUCUUCUCUAAAUGUCAAGGACUAGAGAAUGUCUGUCUGCUCAGGGGAGUCUCUAGUAUCAAUGGAAAGAUAUGUGUCGUCAUGAAAUUCUACGAGGGCUCUCUUGGUGACAAGAUGGCUCGGCUUAAAGGAGGAAAGCUUUCACUGCCAGAUGUUUUGAGAUACGGGGUUGAUCUGGCUACAGGGAUCCUGGAGUUGCACUCAAAAGGGUUUCUCAUUCUCAAUCUCAAGCCCUCUAACUUUCUUCUCAGUGAUAACGACAAGGCCAUCCUCGGGGAUGUUGGGAUCCCUUAUCUCCUUCUUAGUAUCCCUUUACCAAGUUCUGAUAUGACAGAGAGACUUGGAACUCCAAACUAUAUGGCACCAGAACAGUGGCAACCGGAUGUCAGAGGUCCCAUGUCCUUUGAGACUGAUUCUUGGGGAUUUGGUUGCAGCAUUGUUGAAAUGCUGACUGGUGUACAACCUUGGUCUGGGAGAUCUGCCGAUGAAAUAUAUGAUUUGGUGGUGAGAAAGCAAGAAAAGCUUAGUAUCCCCAGUAGCAUACCGCCUCCUCUCGAGAACCUACUUCGGGGUUGCUUUAUGUAUGAUCUUCGAAGCCGACCUUCGAUGACUGACAUCUUACUCGUCUUAAAGAGCUUGCAGAACUCGGAGGAGGAACAGGUCAGGAGAGGCAUUGAUAGUAGAGAAAUCAGGAAGAGCUCGGCUACUCUUGGUUAUACAGAAUGGUUUCUUUCAAAGGAUCAUCUGCAAGUGCGCGACACCGUGCGUUCAAGAAAGCCUGCCAAUUCGUGUAAGCAUGAGAACAUGGAUGUGCCAGAAGGAAUGGUGGUUGGUUUAGAACGUGACUCCACAGACCCAGAUGGAUUUGUGCUAGUUAAAGUCCAUGGUGUACAUGAUCCAUUAAGGGUUCACGUAUCUGUUCUUGAACGGGUAACUAACGGCUUAGCUUCUGGAGAUUGGGUGCGUCUGAAGGUCAGGAAAGACAAGAGGCACUCUCCGGUUGGUGUUCUCCAUUCAAUUGACCGUGAGGGAAAUGUAGCUGUUGGAUUUAUUGGGUUGCCAACUCUCUGGAAAGGGACAUCAUCGCAGCUUCAGAUGGCUAAAGUAUACAGUGUGGGUCAAUUUGUGAAACUCAAAGCCAAUGUUGUCAUCCCGAGAUUCAAAUGGAUGCGUAAAGGUAGAGGUAUUUGGGCAACUGGCAGGAUCUCUCAGGUUCUACCAAACGGUUGCCUUGAAGUGGACUUCCCUGGAAUGUUACCUUUUGGAGAGGAACAUGGAAGCUAUCUUGCAGAUCCGGCUGAAGUAGAGAUUGUGAAUUUCAAUACAUGUCAAGGAGCUGUGGAAAAAUAUCAACAUCUGGAGGAUUUUCAUUGGGCUGUGAGACCUUUGCUUAUUGCUAUGGGUCUAUUGACAGCGAUGAAGUUAGGGAUCUGUGUCAGGAAGAAAAUAGGAAGGUCAAAGGAUGGGAAACAACGCGAUGGCUCGACUGGACAAGGUGACUGUAAGAUUCCGGAUGGUAAGGGCUCUGACAAAUCUAAAUGGCUUGUGUUCUUUUAGGUCUGCUAUGAGACACAGACCUUGUCUGGUCCAUAUAUUAUACUGUUCUAGUCAUAAUAACGUUUCAUGUACAUAAUGACGUUUUUCUUUUUUGCUCUUUAAAAUUACCAAAAAGCUUUCACGCACCAAGUGUUACUUGCAAUUUGCUUAGACAACGACUUCUUACAAAGUUAAGUAUAUAAUUACGAUAGCCAUGUAAUUGGAGAUCACAGAUGUUUUUAUAUUUAUUGAUUAAGAGAGC